AUGAACAAGUUCACCCUCCUCCUCCUCGCCACCGCCGCUGCCCUCACCAGCGCGCAAUGCCCCCCCAACGCCCGCCUCUGCGGAAGCGACAUCCUCCCCGGCGGAAGCCUCGCUUGCGUCGGCAGUGAAACGGAGCUCGCGGUGAUCACCCCGGCCGGCAACUCGCCCGCCAACUGCAUCUUCCCUACCAAUGAGGACGGCGUCCCCCAGGCGCGCGGGGCUUGCUGCUGUGCUGAUGAGAGGUGCUUCGCCAAUGGGCUUGCUGCUAUUUGUGAUUAG